UUCUUUUCUGUUUUGCUCAGUGCAACACUCUUUGUCUCGUUUAGGAAGAUAAUGAGGAAGUACAGUACAAAAAGAAAUUGACGAUUGGACCUAGGUGACGGUGACCUAGGCUGAUCAUUACUAAUAAUGAAUCCUAAACUGCUUUUGCUGGGCCUCCUGUACUUUGUGCAGGGAAUGCCCUAUGGUUUGCAGUCUUCUUUACUGCCCAUCUAUCUCAGAACAGCUGGACUUUCCUUUACUAAAAUCAGCUUGACCAAAGCUCUUUACUUCCCUUGGAUUCUGAAAGUACUCUGGGCUCCGUUUGUGGAUCAGUUUGGCUCAAAGAAAAAAUGGCUCCUUCUUAGCAUGUCAGGACUGGCUCUAACCUGCUUAAUCAGUGCCACCCUUUCCCCAGAAACCAACUUUGCACCUGUAGCACUGAUUCUGCUCCUGAUGAACUUCUGGGCUUCAGUUCAGGACAUUGCUGUCGAUGGUAUUGCAGUCCAGCUCCUCAGAAGUGAAGAAGUGGGUUAUGGAAACACAGUGCAAGUGGUGGGCUAUAAGCUCGGCUCGGUCUUGGCUGGAGGUGGCCUUCUGGCAGUGAUGGAUGUGGUUGGAUGGAGCUUCCUGUUUGUAUUUCUAAGUGCCAUUUACUGUACUGUUAUACUGUAUUCUUGGGGGAGCCCAGAGCUUAACAUGCUCUCUAAAAUCUGCAGCAAUGAGCAGAAAACCAAGAUAUCCAGUUUAAAUCCCUGGCGGAUAUUGCAAGAACUUCUCAGUGUGCCAGGGACUUUGUGGACUCUCAUUUUUGUUCUUGUUUACAAACUUGGUGAACAAGGUGCCACAAGCAUGUUCCCUCUGUUCCUGCUGGAUAAUGGCAUGUCUGCCACGGAGCUAGGCCUCUGGAAUGGAAUGGUGGCAAUGGGAUUUUCUAUCAUAGGUUCCUCCAUUGGUGGUAUACUACUGUCCAUUUACGGAGCAUUUUCUCUGAUGAAGACCUUCUUUGUAAUGAGGCUGGGAGGCUUGGCUUUCCAGACAUUUCUGCUAUUUGUGUUUAACAGCAACUCAUGGCUAAUGAAAGGUGCUGCUAUACUGAGUAUAAGUCUACAACAUUUUAUAGGGGGCCUGAUAACCACCCUAACAUUUACUGUCAUGAUGCACUGCUCACAAAACGCAGAUGAGCGAAUACAGGCUACCCACUACAGUUUCCUGGCAACCUUGGAAGUGAUGGGAAAGCUCACAUUCAGUGCCCUUGCCGGCUGGAUUGUAGACUGGAUUGGAUUCCCUGCCAGUUUCUUUCUCUUUAUAAUUCUCUCCACUGCAGCUGUAGUGCAUGUCUUUAAAGCACAAGUAACUGGAAGGUGACUGGACACCCAAUUGCAAUGUUAAUGUUCUCCUUUUGUUUUCCUAAAAUAUUUCAUAUUGAGAAUACAUGUAAAACAUUAGUAUCAUGUUUUAUCACACCAAUAUCUUCAGCAGCUUAUAACAAUUAUUUAUAUUUCUUUUAAAUUGUAAAACAGAAAAUGGGUAAUAUUUGUUUAUAAAACUAAUAUAACAUGUUCCGCUGGUAUCUGCUCACCCAGUUCAUUUUCACAGAUGUGUUCCUUGGGGGGAUUGGCAGUUAUUGUUUUAUUUUUAGCAGCCGUUUUCAGACCAUUUUCAGACAGAAGAAUAGAGCCUGAUGACUCCUGUAUUGCACUGAGUUCUGCACUAGACAUUUGAUUUGCUUGACCAGAUAGUUAAUAAUAAAAUACUGUACGGUGCAGGUCUUAUUAUCAUGUUUUGUAUAAUCAUAUGUUGGUGCGGUGUUUCACUUUCAAUGCAGUGGUAAAAUGUGGUUUUGUCCAGUUGAUGAGGAACCCCAGCAGAAUAAAUUAAAAGGACCCCAGAGUUGGGUCUUCUCAAGA